AUGUCAGGCUACUAUGUUGGACCCUUCGGUCGUAUGUUACCCACCACCGGCCCAUCCUCGGAGCAGCAAUCCGAGCGUCCAGCUAAUUUACAAGAAUCCGGGGAUCCCCCAUACCAGCUUCCACCCCCGCGUACACCGGCCAGUUUACAAUUUGGAUCGGAUCCCUUCUUGCGCCAGCGUCAGCAGGAAAACCCCGAGAGACCUUCCGACCUUGGACGCCAAAGGACAGAGCAACUUCCCUCAGUAAGGCAACUUCUUACACCAGUGACCAGCUCCAAUUCUCCUCCUACAUAUCCUCAAGCCUAUACUUCAUCUAGCACGGAGCGUCGUGACUCCUCGUACCCAUACCGGCACCACGAGUCAACCUUGUCUUCGCAGCUCUCCCCAACUGCCGUACAUGACAGAGCAAAAGGCCGCUCAGAGUCUCUUCCACAUUCACAGAGUGGAAAUCUACCUCCAUUGUCACAUGUGGCACCCUUGCAUAGUCCAGAAGAUAUAAGACAUCAUACACCAACGAGAAGCGACUCGUCGGCAAUCGGCUACCCGCACGGCCAAUUGCCAUUUCACAGCACAGCAUAUCACGAAAAAUUACCCAGCGGGGAACUAUCUUCACCAGAGGCUUCCGGUAGACAUGAAAAAACAGUGAGACCACACGUGGUUGACGAGCGAUACAUUGAAGGGGAAGGGAUCUGCUACGUUUACGCCGAUGGAUCUCACUGCCCCAAGGCCAUUGACGGGAUCCCCGUGAAUGCAAACUGGGGUGUCACCAAGGCUGGAAAGCCGAGAAAACGCCUUGCCCAAGCAUGUUUGAUCUGCCGUGAAAAGAAGAUCAAGUGUCAACCAAACUUGCCCAAGUGUGACCAGUGUCAAAAGUCGGGACGGGAAUGCAGGUUUGAAAAUGCUCCUCGUGGGAACCGGGCUUCUGCCUCCAUGCGAGGUUCUCAAUCAGCAGGGCCAUCUAGCAAACCCGAUGGGAGAGAUCCCUACGCACCCUCCAGUCAUUCCACUUCGGACAAUUCCCCAUCACUCUAUAACCUUACUCGAGCCUCCGAUAGCGGUACUUCGCUUCCGGGGACAAGCGGCCACUCACCAACAUCAGAGGGCUCAAUGCUCACCCCAUCAGGCACGGAAACAACAUACGAGACCAUGGCCGACGCGGACAGAGCCUAUAGAUCGCGCGCGAGCCGGUUCCCACCACCUUUCUCAGGCGCGGAUGAUACUCUCGGACGAUCGGCAUAUAUUGAGAGCAGCCGCCAACCGGAAUACUCUGACAUCCUCGGGGAACUCAAGGACAACAACCCAGAUGACCCAUUGGUGGGCUCCUGGCAUCUCGACCCCCACGAAAGCGAUUCCGAAACGACGAUGCAUUACAUUGAAUGUUAUUUCAUGCACGUGAAUGAUGGGCUGUACCACAUGUUCCCACAUACGCGAUUCGUCCUUUGGUUGAAAUCAUACCCCAACAAGUCUGCAGAGGAUAAGAUGUUACUCUAUUCUAUGAUGGCAUUGGGGGCUGUAUUCUCGGACAGGUCGGACAAAGUGGUAGCCAUGAGACGUUAUGCUCGCAUAGCACGCUUUGCCAUCAACCGAAGUCAGCAUGCUCUGUCUUUGCAGCUGGUCCAGAGUCAUAUCAUAAUGAGUCUCUGGUACUACGCCACAGGAUCGCUGGUCGGGUCUUGGGAUUCGAUCGGUGCAGCAGGGCGAGCAGUUUUCGGACUUCGUUAUAAUUUGGAAUCUGGAGGGGUCGUGGUGGAUCAGAACCAAGCCUGUGAUUAUGGACUCCAUCCACAGGCGUUGAUUGAGUGCCGUCGUCGAACAUUUUGGAUUGCUUUUGUGCUGGAUCGCUUUUCUAGUCUCUAUUCGGCAUCGUCCACAUUCAUCUCGUCAGAUGCGGCAUUGCUACGACUUCCCUGUCGCGAGGAAAUCUAUGAAACGCAACAAUAUGCGACGGCACCUUACUUCCAAUCCUUCCUGAACCAACCCACCUCCUCCGAUGACGAUCGUCCGACCCUCAGUCCAAUGGCCUUUUUGAUCGAACUCAUGGCGAUCUGGGGAGACGUUUCCCUCCACGUCAUACGUCUACCACACAUGCCUCCCGAAGCGUACGGCCGACUCGCCGAAGAAUUCCAUACGACCAUCGUCCACAAAACCAACACCAGGAUGACCCGACUCCCCGAACAUCUUCAAUUCUCAUCUGUAAAUCUGGAACAAAGCAUACGGGCUCGGAAAGCGGACACCUUUAUUUCAAUCCACCUGUUUUACCAUGCCACUUUGAUGAAACUAUACAGACACGCCCGGUACCAAAGCCUUCGAGCUGAGAUCCUCACCCAAUACAUCCACCGAGCUCGAUACCACGCCGUCGAAAUCCUCCGUAUCGCUCCUACCUUCGACCAAUUCGCCAAGGAGAUCAUGUCAGCUCGCUCCAGCACAGAUGUCGCCCUUCCACAAAUGACCCUCCUCAACCCAUUCCUCGGAUAUGUCAUUUUAUCUGCCGUGGACGUUCUCAGUGCCGCUGGAUUGGCGUCGCAGCUACAAGAAUGCAUUUCCUACAUCCGAGGUGCCCUGAUCACCGUCCAAGAACUGAGCCGUUACUGGGACAGUUCUCUGCAGCUCGUCUCCGCCCUCCAGAGACGCCUGGGAGUAAUGAUUGACUGUCUGAACGAGCGCAGCGGCUUUGCUCUAGAUGGACCUUCUCUCGAGACGAAAGUCCACGCUGGAGCUUUACCUUCCCACCCACCUGGCAGCCUAAGCGAGGAUCUCUUCACCGGCUCGAUGCCUCGCGCAGUCUUGUUGAACGCCCUACGAGUCGACGAUAGCCUCCUCUCAGAGAGCAGUAUUGCCUGGAUCAAGGAUCCCUGA